CUGUAAAUAGUACUAGGUAAAACUUCCAGCAUUGUUGUAGUUGUAGACAGGCUGCAUUGUGUUUCUUUACAGCACAAGCUUUCCAUGAUGAUGAAGAUUCUGUGUGACCCAAAACACAUAUACCACCGAAGCAUUGUAAAUCAGAACUAUGGGGUCAGUCUGCCGUUGGUUAAUCGGAGGAAAACAGCAGGAGCACCGACGCAGAAGAUUGCAAAAGGUGUGACAGUCAACAACCUUUCCGUAGCUCCACCAGCCUCCUAUCUGAACAACGUUCGCUCUGCCGUGCCUAUUUCUGAGAAGGAUGCAGGGAAAGGCAUCCUAAAUCUAAUUGAAAGAGGACUGAUUCCACGUGCUGCUAGGAUUACUUUGGAGAAGCCACCCAUUCUGCCAAAACCUGUUCCCCUCCAUGAAUUUCAGACAAAGUACAAGAAGGUUGACGCAGAUGGGGCUCGGCAGAGUGAGAAGGUAGAAACGGCUCUCCUCCCCUCUCAGAAGCCCACCCAGGUCUCCGAGUACCCAGCAGAAGGUGGAAAGGAGAAGAAAGGAACCAAGGGGAACAUCGCC